UUCAGGAGGCGGGCAUGUUUGCACAACCCGGAAAUACAGAUUUUUUCAGAGAGGACUCUGUUACAUUCGCCUUUUCCCUGAAAAUAAAUGGCAGGUUUGGAAAGCGAAGGCAACCAAAAAAGGACAUCUGGAAGUUCUGGUCCAGAAACUGAUGUUGACCCGCAGACCCCAGUAUUGCGCAUCAGCCAGCUGGAUGCCCUGGAGCUCGACUCAUCCCUAGAGCAACUGGUAUGGACCCAGUUCUCCCAGUGCUUCCACAACUGCCGCCCUGGCCUGCUCACCCCGCUGGAGCCUGAACUGAGGGCUCUGCUCCAUUUGCUCCUGUGGAGGUUCACACUUUAUUCUAGCAGUGCCACUGUGGGCCAGUCUUUACUGAGUCUACGCUACCACAACAUCCUCUCCUCAUCUGGCCGUUACAGACCUCUGUCUCGCAGGCAGAAGCUGGGUCUGGCGCUGCUCACUGCAGGUCCACGCUGGCUCCAGGAGCGCUCCCACAGUCUGCUGCUGUGCUUGAGUUCAGGAGGGUCUGUGUCUGAAAGAGACGGUGGUUUACUCCAACAGGGUCUCCGGAAUUGCCUGACCCUUGUUUCCAGUAUCACUCAGCUCGCAAAUCUCAUCAACUUCCUUGUGUUCCUAAGGAAAGGUCGCCAUCCUGUCCUGUCUGAAAGGAUUGUGGGAGCUCGGGCGGCUUUCAGCGAGCCCAAUGUUGUCCGGGACGUAACCUACCAGUACAUGAACCGCGAGCUGCUGUGGCACGGCUUUGCAGAGUUCCUCAUCUUUCUGUUACCACUGAUCAAUACAAGGAAGCUGAAGGCAACAGUGUUUUCGUUUGUUUUUGGGGGAGAAAGUGCAGAUAGGGCGGGAUCAACAGAAGGGCAAGGGGUGUGGAAAGAGUGCGGACUAUGCGGAGAGUGGCCGACCAUGCCUCAUGCUGUGGGCUGCCAACAUGUUUUCUGCUACUACUGCAUCAAAAGCCACAGCAUUGCAGACGCUUACCUCACUUGCCCCAAAUGUGGUGCAGAAGCAGGGCAGCCUGAGCCGGUCAAGAUGGAGGUGGAGAUGAUUGUCAUGUGAUGGAAAAAGCUGUCAUGACUGUUUUGUAAUUGCAGGGACUUAUUGAAAUUUAAGUGGCGGUUUAUUUCUUUAUAGCUGCACAAAUAGGCCACCUUUGUAUGAUUAUGAGAAUGUAUCUUAAAGUUUAUGUAUGGAAAUAUAUUAAAUAAUUAAAGUGCAUUGUAUAAGAAUAUUUUGAACAGUCCCUGUUCUGUGAGCAGCCCUCUUUUUGUAUUCACGAGGUAGUAGUGUGAGUUUAUGACUGAACUUCAGUCUUCAUGAUGUCUGUGUCUUCCCUGAACACACACAGACCUGCUAUGUUUAAUGUAUGUGUGCAUAUAUUGACAAUCCUCUGCCCCUUCCGUUUCUCCAGCUGGACUUUAGACAGAACUAUUUGUCUUUGGUGCACUGGACAGACUACAGAGAACCACACCGAGCAUAUAUUUGAUGAGUGAACGUGUUGAUUUAUGCUCCAAAUUGGCUGUGUGUGUCUGUGUGUGUAAAUGGGAAUAUUUGUUCUGAUGAAAAAUGCAGAAAGUCAGCUGAAUAAAUAAUGGGAGGAAUUUCUGAAGCCUCUCAUCAUGGCCAAAUUAGCAUUUGUUGUGUAUUUUGUGCCUAAAUUGUAUUUCAACAUCAUUAAAAUUGAUAGAGUGCUA